AUGAAGAGGGAAAGGACUAGCACAAGCCGCAGUCCUAGCAGCGACGGCGCGGAAACCGCUAUGGGGGAGAUCAAGCUCGAGGAUUCUCCUCGAGACAUCGUUGCUGGAGGAAAGAUAUUGAGGAUGGGAGAUGAGAUCAAGGAGGAAAAGAAGAAAGGGAACGGUAGUUCCAAGGCGUCUUCGGCUUCACCUGCACAUGGGAAUACUCCUUCUUCAUCACCGACUAAGGGCGAGGAGGACAAGGGGUCGCCGGCCGAGGCGGAAACUGGCGAUUCACAGAAGCCAAAGCUGUUGCGGGCACCAUCGUCGACCAAAGUGCUCAAGGAGAAGAAGCCGCCGGCUUUGUUCAACGAUUAUCCGGACAGUACUGAGGAGGCGACAUCUACAUUCGCCGUCAUAGAUGCGUGCAUCUACAGUAAUAAACAUAUCGGAGACUCUGGACAGGAUGGCGAUGGAAUGUCUUGCGAGUGUAGAGAAGAGUGGGAUGGGACACAUAAUGUUGCCUGCGGCGAAAAUUCCGAUUGUAUCAAUCGAAUGACCUCCAUGGAAUGCACACAAGAUGAUUCCUCUUGCGGCUCCGAUUGUCAGAACAAGCGCUUCCAAAAACGCCAGUACGCAAAUGUUUCGGUCAUCAAAACCGAGAAAAAGGGAUUCGGGCUCCGAGCAAAUGUUGACAUCCCGAUCAACACCUUCCUCUACGAAUACGUUGGCGAAGUGAUUGAUGAAGGCAAAUUCCGUAGAAGAACGCACAAAUAUUUCCAGGAAGGAAUUAAACACUUUUAUUUCAUGUCACUCGGAAAGAACGAAUUCAUCGACGCCACCAAAAAAGGUGGCCUGGCUCGUUUCUGCAACCACUCUUGCAAUCCAAACUGCUUCAUAGACAAGUGGGUCGUGGGUGACAAGCUGCGAAUGGGUAUCUUUUCGAAGAGAGAUAUCAUUGCGGGCGAGGAACUGGUAUUUGAUUACAAUGUCGACCGAUAUGGCGCCGAACCCCAAACCUGCUUCUGCCAAGAACCCAACUGUCUGGGGUACAUCGGGGGCAAAACUCAAACCGACGCAGCUCCCAAACUUUCUCAUAAUAUUAUCGAAGCUCUUGGUCUCGAGGAUUCAGAGGACUGGGUAACUGCCACAGCCAAGAAGGGUAGACGACCAAAGAAGACCGGAGAAGAUGACGAUGACUACACUGAGAGUGGCACACCUGGCACCAGACCAAUGAGCGAAGCAGAUGUCACCAAAGUCAUGUCUUCACUCCUUCACUGCAAGGAGAAAUGGAUUAUCACCAAACUCCUUGACCGCAUCAUCGCAAGUGAGGACGAUGCUGUGUUCGCUCGCAUUGUCAAGAUGCACGGUUACCAAAUCCUUGGGAGGAUUAUCCAGGACACUAAAGACGAUAUGAACGUCGUUUUAACUGCUCUUCGAAUCCUUUUCAGGUUCCCUCGUAUCACAAAGAAUAAAAUCACACAGUCCAAAAUCGAAACCAUAGUUGUAGAAUUCACCACGGUUGAAGACGAACAGGUUCGUGAAGCAUCAAACACUCUCAUACAGGAGUGGAGUUCUCUUGAGACAGGCUUCCGUAUCCCCCGGCGCGCGCCAACUUCUACAAACGACAAAGAGCGAAACAAUGCAUACAAUGACCGUGAUAACAGAGAUUCGCGGUCUAAAUCAGGCACUCCACCACCCGAUCGGACUGCAACCCCGCCCACUCGCCCGCGCCCGCAACCCCGGGAGAAAUCUUUCCAAAGCCAACCUCCUCGCGGGCCUCGAGCAGAUAGAGCUCAGUAUAGCAAUAACAAUGACAACAAGCCGCGACGAGAUAUUCCUUGGGGCUGGCACAAGGCUUGGCACGAUCAACAAUUAUAUUACUACUCAAACGAUGGCAGGACAAGAUGGGAUAUGCCAACUGAGCCAUGUCGGUCGGACGAUAGACCUUUGAAACCGCCUCCACCUCCGCUAAGGCAUGGCGAACUUCCUCUUGACCCGAAAAGAAAUGCGCUGCAGGCAAUCAUAGACUCGAUUACGCAGAACAUUGACGAGAAAAAGGUGAUGAAGGUGGAGAAAGCUCCCGAAGAAACCGAAAAAAAAGUUGUUGAAGUUACGGAACAGCAAAAGAGACGGAGUAGUAAGGAUAGAGAGAGGAAAGAAAAGGAGAGGAGAGAAAAGGUAUAUGACGACGAUAAGACGAAGAAUAUUUUGAUGAAGACUUUUGCCAAAGUUGUUGCAAACGCUGUCAGUAAAUACACAAAUGAGCUUGGCGGCCGUGAUGCAGUCAAAAAACACGCUAAAGAUAUCACGGAAAUCCUCGUUAAAAAGGAGAUGAAAGAUGGACGCAAAAUUGUCAACCCUCACCUUCUGCUUGAGUCCGAAAAACGCAGGGGCAAAGUAAAGAUUUUCGUCAAACAGUACAUCGAGAAAGUGAUACACCAUAUCCAGAAAGAAAAGGAAAACAAGGCCAAACGCGACCAACAUCGAAAGGAUCGAAAGGAACGUUCUCAUGGCAGUAGCAGUUCUGACGGCAAGGGUAAAGACAAAGCCCAAAACCGUGCUGAAGGGGCGGAGAGUGUAGACUCGCAAAUGAUGGAUAUCGUCCAGGAGAUGAGCCCGAUUGGCGGAAGUGUUUCUCCAACGAGGGGAACACAGACACCUCCCUGCUUGACCCCAGGGAAGAGAAGGAGAGAUGAUUCCGAUGACGGCGAUGAAAGUGGGAGGGGCUAUGAAAGUGAGGAGAGGCAGAGCCCGAAGAGAGCUAAACCUACGAGCCCAAGAAGAGACAUGACACCUCCUGCAAAUGUAACUACUACAGAGUUCAUGGCAGGUGGGGGUGGGGUGUAUGUCUGCUAA